AUGGAAGCGAACAAUGCAACUCCUGCUAAGGCUCUUGCCAUCAAGAAGCCAGAAGUGACUGAAGAACAGUCAUCUAGCGACGAGGAAAUCCUCAUGGGUGCCGAGAGUCCGAAGACUGAGAUCAAGAUCCCCGAUCUCGGACUUGAAAGCCAAACGGCACUGAGAGCGGGACAUAAGUCUACUCCUCGAGAACAGCGUUUGGUCAAGACCAAUCAUGUUCUAAUAGAUAGGUUGAAGGAGUCAAACGCUGUUCUCGAAGAUCUAAAGCUCAAGCUGGCUGAAAAGUAG